AUGAAUGAGGAGAGUGGAAAGGAAUGUUCGAAGCAGCAGAAGAGGCUGGCAGAGGCUCUCAGAAGAAGAGAUGGCCUGAAGGAGGAGAUGGAAAAAGUCAGACAGGAUCUUCAAAAGCUGGAGAUCCACCGGAGAGUACUAUUGGACAUGGUAAGGAUUGGAAAUGGAGGAAUGGAAAUAGACGUUAACAGAUACAGACCGAUCUAUAAAGCAGAAGUCGAGGGAGCAAAAGGCCUGAUACAUGUUCCGGGAGAGCGAUACCAUCUAGCAAUAUAUAACCUCGGGAGGAUUCCGAUGGCGAGUAUGAAGCCCUUUUAUAACCAGAAGAACAUCUAUCCAAUUGAUUACAUGUGUAAGAGAGCCUACUACAAAAGUAGAGGGAGCCCUGGAGGAGACGGGUAUGCCCUGUAUACAUGUACAAUAAGGAAUGUUUGUAGCAAGCCUCUGUUUGAGAUAUCUGAGAGGGACCUAUGCAUAAGAGGGAAGGCUGGGGAGGUCUUCAAUGCAUUUAAAAGUUUGUUUUCCUGGGAGAUUGAGUUUGGAAGCAUAACGGAGUUUUUUGGGCUGAACAAUCUGUAUGUUCGGAGACUGAUCAGCGAGCAAGAAGGAUUUAGAGGGCUUGGAAUUGGAGAUAGAUGGGAAAGGAAGGCCUGA